AUGGCGCUCUUGCUCGCGCAGAGCGCAUGCGCCAGCCGAAGCCCGCCGGAGAAAAAAGCCACGCAGAGGGCCUGGCCCGACUUGCGGGUUGGUGACGGCUUCUUUGCGGGCCCGUCGAUGCUCGAUGAGCUGUCCUCUUCGUGGGCGCACGGAGCGGCGUCCGCGGAGCAUCUCGGGGAUCAGAUGAAGGAGAACAUUCAGCAGGCAGCGGAUGACGCGGCGCAUAUCCCGUCAAGGCUGCAUAACAUCUUUGACUGCUACUACGGGUGCGGCGGUCAGGGCUUGUGCGACGGCUUCUGCGGCUCCGGCGGCGCCUGCUGCAGGACGGAUUACGCGGAGCUCGGCUGCCCACGCAAGGCGUGCGAGGGCUACCACUGCUGCAUGCCACCCUCGGGCCCUCCGCCACCGUCGCCACCGCCUAGCCCUCCCGGAAACUGCUACUACAAGUGCGCUGGAGAGGGUCCGUGCCCGUUCAUGUGCGGCGCCGGCAACGCGUGCUGUCGAACGGGCUACUUUGUCCUCGGCUGCCCCGAGACGGCGUGCGAUGAUUACCACUGCUGCGACCGCUCCUGCUACCACAGCCAGGAAGCCAGCUACCCCGGCAAUGAGUGCCUGGGGAUAUGCACGGCCGACGCUAAGCCUCCCAGCCCGCCGUCGGGCGGUUGCGGGUUUCUUUGGUUUGGCUGCGGCCUCGUAGCUGAGCCAGCUGCCACCGAUGGUGCUAGGCAGGCGGUGACGCCUGUCGGCAGGGUGGCAUUCGCCACCAUGGCGGCAAUGCUGGCGCUCCUUGCUCGCCGGCGGCUCGUGGCGAGAAGGCCGUUGCUGUUUUGA